AUGGUACGGGCAGAUCAAGGGAUCCGGGGCCGUGCAGCUCCGCGGUCCAAGACGCGAUCCAGCUCCGCGCCCUCAAGCACCACCUCUCCCUCGUCCGUGGCCACGCCGAGCGGCGGCGGGGUGCGCGGCCAGCAGAUCUCCAAGGCGGCCAAACGCGCACUCAAGCGCGCCGAACUCGUAUCGCAGGCCAGGUCCGCCUCCGACUCUUCCUCAUCCUCCAGACCCGUCCUCAACCUCGGCGGCCCCGGCGAGGGCGGCAAGCCGCUGUCAAAGUCGUCGCUGAAGCGGUUGAAAAAGAAGCAGAGGAACAACCUGGCCGGCAACCGACAGGGAUUGAAGGACCUCGAGGACGUCGUCGAUGACCUCAAGCAGCAAAUUGCCCCCGUCGCAGAGGGUGCGGACGAGGAGGCGGACGAGGAGACGAUGCAGGAUGGCGACGACGACGACGUCUUCGAGGCACAGGUCGCUGCCGAGCACGCUUCCCACGUUGCGGCCUCGGUCGCCGCCGCACAGCACCGGGGCGUGGGAUCCCAAGGCGCAAAGGACGGCGUCGUCACUGAAAAGGCAAAGAAAAAGGCACUGGCUCACGAAAUGAUGCGACAGCCCCACAUCCUCUCCGACCCUGCCUACGCCAAGAACCCCUUCGCCGCUCUCCGCCUGCACGCCCAGAACACACUCGCCUUCGAUCAGUCCGCCAGUCUUCGAGCAAAGCACGCCACCACAGCAGCAGCAGCAGCAGCAGGAAACGGGCAACGACGGGUCGACGUCGACAUGGCCUGA